UGUUUCCUCAACCCUCCCCCUGGCAUGGCUGGGCUGGCUGUUACGUGGUUGGGUGUGCGGCGGCUACAUUUGAGCCUUGUGGGCCGGGCCGGCGGCGCGUGGCGAAUCCAGCAGGGCCUGGCCCCCGGCUCCUCUGGCUAUGGGCCCCUCACCGAGUUGCCGGACUGGUCCUAUGCAGAUGGUAGAGCUGCUCCCCCGAUGAAAGGCCAACUCCGACGAAAGGCACAAAGGGAAAAGUUUGCAAGGCGAGUCGUGCUGCUGUCCCAAGAAAUGGAUGCAGGAAUGAAGACGUGGGAGCAGAAGCAGCGGGAAAAACUGCAGGAGGAAGAAAAGAAACAGCAAAAUCUGCUCAAGCCCAAAGGGGCUUCAAUGAAGGGCACAUGAAUCAAUAAAGCAAACCCCCUCCUCCAGCC